CAUGUCCCCCCACCGCAGGAUGUCCAUGGUGACCCCGGCCGUGCUGCGGCUGGAGACCGAGGAGCUGGUGCUGGUGGAGGCGCCGGGGCUGGGCGCCAGCACCGACGUCACCCUCAUGGUGCAGGACUUCCCCCUCAAGCGCCAGGUCCUCUUCCAGAGCCGCCUGGAGCUCACGCCCGCCAAGGGCAUGAUGGCCACGGCGCCCAUCAAGCUGACGGCCAAGGCGCUGCCGCGGGGGCCGGGGAAGCAGUAYGUGUCGGUGCAGGCCCGCUGCGCCCAGGCCACCCUGGAGAAGGUGCUGCUGGUGUCCCCGCAGAGCGGCCACAUCUUCGUGCAGACCGACAAGCCCAUCUACACGCCCGGCUCCACGGUGCUUUGCCGCUUCUUCGCUGUGGGCCACCAUAUGGAGCCCGCUCCCAAGACCAUCAUCGUGGAGGUCAAGACCGCCGAAGACAUCAUUGUCAAGCAAGUGCCCAUCUCCUCGCCCAUGAAGACCGGCAUCUUCUCCCUCAACCACAAGCUACCCGAGGUGGUCAGCUUGGGCACAUGGACGGUGUCGGCCAAAUUCGAAGACUCGCCGCAGCAGGUCUUCAGCACCCAGUUUGAUGUCAAGGAGUACGUUCUCCCGAGCUUCGAGGUCGUCCUGGACCCAAAGGACAAGUUCCUCUACAUUGACCGGCAGGAGGAUUUCUACGUGUCCAUCACCGCCAGGUACCUCUUUGGGAAGCGCGUGCACGGCACGGCCUUCGUCCUCUUCGGGGUGAUGGUGGACGAUGAGAGGAAGAGCAUCCCGCAGUCCCUGCGGAGGGUGCAGAUCACGGAAGGGGACGGGGAGGCCGUGCUCCCCAUGGCGAUGCUGCGGCAGCGCUUCGCCAACCUCCAGGAGCUGGUGGGACACUCGCUCUACAUCUCCGUCACCGUCAUCACCGAGUCCGGCAGCGACAUGGUGGAGGCGCAGCGCACGGGCAUCCGCAUCGUGACGUCCCCCUACCAGAUCCACUUCACCCGCACGCCCAAGUACUUCAAGCCGGGGAUGCCCUUCGAGCUCAUGGUCUACGUCACCAACCCCGAUGGUUCACCAGCUGCGCGUGUGCCCGUCACGGCCAAUGACCUUCAGGGCUUCGUGCCCACGCAGAAAGAUGGCACUGCCAAGCUCAUCCUCAACAUGCCGGCCAACAGGAACACCGUCCCCAUCACCGUGCGGACGGCGCAGGAGGGGCUCCCCGAGGCCCGCCAGGCCAGCCGCGUCAUGCAGGCCGAGAUGUACCACAGCCAGGGCAACUCGGGCAACUUCCUCCACCUGGCCGUGACGGCCAACGAGCUGAAGCCCGGCGACAACCUCCCCGUGAACUUCCACCUCAAGAGCAACAACCCCGCUGCCCGCAACGUCGCCUUCUUCACCUACAUCAUCAUGAGCAAGGGGCAGAUCGUGCGCGUGGGGCGGCAGCGGCGCGAGGAGGGCCAGAACCUCGUCACCAUGUCGCUGCCCGUGACCGCCGACCUCAUCCCCUCCUUCCGCAUCGUGGCCUACUACUACAUGAUGCCGGGGGAGAUCGUCGCCGACUCUGUCUGGUUGGACGUCAAGGACACCUGCAUGGGCACCCUGGUGGUGAAGGGAGCCUCAGAGGCCGACAACCGGGUGCACGAACCGGGCACCUCCAUGCGGCUUCGCAUUGAGGGCGACCACAAGGCCCAGGUGGGGCUGGUGGUUGUGGACAAGGGCGUCUUCGUCCUCAACAAGAAGCACAAGCUGACGCAGACCAAGGUGUGGGACAUAGUGGAGCAGAGCGACAUUGGCUGCACRCCGGGCAGUGGGAAGGACAACGUCGGGGUCUUCGCCGACGCUGGCUUGAGCCUGGUGACCAACGUGAAGAUCAACACGCCGCAGCGAGCAGAGGUCCAGUGCCCAAAGCCAGCAAAACGCAAGCGCAGGUCCCUGCAGCUCAUCGAGUACAAGGGCACCAAAGCGGCCGAGUACGAGGACAAGCAGCUGCGCAAGUGCUGCGAGGACGGCAUGCAGGAGAACCCCAUGGGGCACAGCUGCGAGAAGCGGGCCACCUACAUCCUGGACGGCGCCGCCUGCRUCAAGGCCUUCCUCAACUGCUGCAACUACAUCAAGGGCAUCCGCGAGCAGAAGCAGCGCGAGAUGAACCUCCAGCUCGCCCGAAGCGAGGCGGACGAGCUCAUCUUGGCCGACGAGGACAUCACGUCGCGGAGCCUUUUCCCCGAGAGYUGGCUGUGGCAGGUGGAGCCCCUGACAGAGGCACCCAAUGAUCUCGGCAUCUCCACGAAGACACUGCCCAUCUACCUGAAGGACUCCAUCACCACCUGGGAGGUCCUGGCUGUCAGCCUCUCGGAGAAGAAGGGUAUCUGCGUGGCCGACCCCUACGAGAUCACGGUGAUGAAGGAAUUCUUCAUCGACCUGCGCCUGCCCUACUCGGUGGUGAGGAACGAGCAGGUGGAGGUCCGCGCCAUCCUCUACAACUACUGGGAGCGUGACAUCAAGGUGCGCGUGGAGCUGAUGCACAACCCGGCCAUCUGCAGCGCCUCCUCGUCCAAGGCCCGCUACCAGCAGGUCUUCGUCCUCAAAGCCCAGUCGUCGCGGGUGGUGCCCUUCAUCCUCGUGCCCCUGCAGCUGGGGCUGCACGAUGUCGAGGUCAAGGCAGCCGUGUGGGGCGCCUACGUGGCCGAUGGAGUCAAGAAGAAGCUCAAAGUUGUGGCUGAAGGGAUGAGACUGGAGAAGACGGUGAAGAUUGUCGAGCUGGACCCAAACGCACGGGGAAUCAACGGUGUGCAGGAAGAGAAGAUCUCGGCAGCAAACCUCUCCGACAUCGUCCCCAACACCGAGUCGGAGACCAAAGUCAGCAUCCAAGGCAACCCCGUGUCCAUCAUCGUGGAGAAAGCCAUUGAUGGAGCCAACCUCAAGCACCUCAUCGUGACACCGUCGGGCUGCGGCGAGCAGAACAUGAUCGGCAUGACGCCCACCGUCAUCGCCACCCACUACCUGGACAACACGGCGCAGUGGGAGACCCUCGGCGUCGACCGCCGCACCGAGGCCAUCAACUUGAUUCAAAAGGGUUACGCUCAACAAUUGGCUUUCCGGAAAGACGACAAUUCCUACGCUGCCUUCAAAAACCGUCCGUCGAGCACCUGGCUCACGGCGUACGUGGCCAAAGUCUUUGCUAUGGCCAUCAAGCUGGUGGACAUUGAGCCCGAGGUGGUGUGCGGGGCCAUCAAAUGGCUCAUCCUGGAGAAGCAGAAGCCAGACGGGAUUUUCCAAGAGGAUGCUCCUGUCAUCCACAAGGAGAUGGUGGGAGGGUACCACGGUGCCGAGCCCGAGGCGUCCCUCACAGCCUUCGUCCUCAUCGCGCUGCAGGAAGCCCGGGAGAUCUGCAAGGAUCGCGUCAACAACUUGGAGAGGAGUAUUGAAAAGGCCUCCGAAUACCUGUCCCGGCGGUACCAGUCCCUGGCCAGGCCCUACACGGUGGCCCUGACCUCCUACGCCCUGGCCCUGGCGGGGAAGCUCAACAGCGAGAAGAUCCUCAUGAAGUUCUCCAAAGACAAUAAGAGCUGGGAGGAACGCAACGCCCGCACCUACAACAUCGAGGGCACGUCCUACGCCCUGCUCGCCCUGCUGCACAUGGAGAAGACGGACCUCGCGGGACCUGUCGUGCGCUGGCUCGCCAAGCAGAACUACUACGGGGGUGGCUAUGGCUCCACACAGGCCACCAUCCUGGUGUUCCAAGCUCUGGCGCAGUACCAGAUCUCCAUGCCGCAAGAGCAGGACCUCAACCUGGACGUGUCGGUGCUGCUGCCCCGGCGCGCCAGCCCCAUCAAGUACCGCAUCGAGAACCGCAAYGCCCUGGUGGCCCGCUCUGCUGAGACCAAGUGGAACGAGGAAUUCACGGUGAAAGCGGAGGGCAAAGGCAAGGGGACGUUGACGGUGGUGACCGUCUACAACGCCAAGAUCCCCGAAAAGGAAAGCAAGUGUGACAGCUUCGACCUGCGGGUGCAGGUGGAAGAAGUGAAGACGGGCAAGCAAAAGGAGGGGAUCAUCCGGUCUGUGAAGAUCUCCAUCUGCAUGAGGUACUUGGACAAYGUGGAUGCCACCAUGUCUAUCCUCGACAUCUCCAUGCUCACGGGCUUCACCCCCGAUCUUGAAGACCUCAAACGACUUUCAGAGGGGGUGGACAGAUACAUCUCUAAGUACGAGAUCGACAAGGCGCCCUCGGACCGCGGCAACCUCGUCAUCUACCUCGACAAGGUGUCCCACCAAGAAGAGGAGUGUUUGUCCUUCAAGGCCCACCAGGUUUUCCAGGUGGGGCUGAUCCAGCCCGCGUCGGUCACAAUAUACAGCUACUACAAGAUUGACGACCGCUGCACGCGCUUCUACCACCCGGAGAAGGGCGGCGGGAAGCUGAACAAGAUCUGCCAUGAGGACGUGUGCCGCUGCGCCGAAGAGAGCUGCUUCGUGCAGCACAAGGAGGACGUCGCCAUCACUGUCAACAAGCGGAUUGAGGACGCCUGCGAACCGGGAGUUGACUACGUGUACAAGGUGAGGCUGCUGGAGAUGAAGCAGUUGCCGGCCUACGACAACUAUCUCAUGAACAUCCUCUCCGUCAUCAAGAUGGGCACGGAUGAGGCCCCGGCCGGGAGCAACCGGACCUUCGUGAGCCACCAGCAGUGCCGCGAGACGCUCAACCUGGAGGUGGGCAAGGACUACCUCAUCUGGGGACUUGGCAGCGACCUCUGGAGCACCGGCGCCCACUUCUCCUACCUGAUCAGCAAGGACACGUGGCUCGAGCGGUGGCCCGGCGAGCAGGAGUGCCAGGAGCCCGAGCUCCAGGCCCAGUGCCAGGACUUCGUGGAGUUCGCCGAGACCAUGACCCUCUUCGGGUGCCCCACGUGACUGGGUGUCCCCCGCCACCCUGGGGACCCCACGAGCUCCCCCUCCCCAUCCCCCUUCUCCAAUUUUUGUUUUUUUCUGCUACAUAAAAAAACCCAAAAACCUGCUUUCUAACAGCCCAGCUCUGGAGCGAUGGGGACAAUGGGGACACUGGGGACAUUGGGGACAUUGGGGACACUGGGUGCUGCGCCUGGUGGAACUUCCAGCCCUGUGGUUUCUGCAGCUUCGCCCCCACGGCAAUUGCCGGUGCCUAAAGGAAGCGCCAGCACCCAUGGGUGCSAGCUGGGGCGGGUAGGUGGGUGCACCAGCACGGGGUGUCGCAGGGAGGUCCCGGACACCUAGGUCCCUCCCUUUAGGUCCCUCGAGGUCCCCUUCACCACCCCCUAGGGAUCCCCAGGGCCAGGGUGAAGAACGAGGUGGAUUCUCAGGUGGCUCGUAUAGGGUUGUGCACUGGCCUGGCACUCAGGCCCUCCGAGCAGAUUCACCCCCAAAAUGGGGCUGGUGACACCAGACCCCCUCGUGGGGUGGGGGGUGCACGUGGUCACCU